UGUGUGCGCGGUGCCGGCAAGUGCGUUGACCGCAAAGUCAUUUUGUUGGUAGUAACACAAUAAAGUACACGAACGCAUUCUUGCCCAGCCAAACACCUGCCACUGCCUGCCACUGCAACGCGACGCACGUGCAAAAUCUUUCGCGGCAUCUGAGAGCCACAGCUUAAUUGCUGCGCUCAUACACGCAUGUGUCGUUAAAGUGGUUGCAACAGCAACUGGGAUUACAGCGCGGCAGCAGCAAAUUCACCGUUUUCAAAGGAGCAACACCAUGCUGCAGAAUCCUUCGAAAUAUCAUCCAAAUCCGUUUUCUCACUUGUUGGCCUUGCAUAGCACUCAGGCUGUGGUGAAUAGCAGCAAUAUCGUCACUCAUCAAACGCAUUUGGCUGCCUUGCCGCCGGUUUUCGCAGCACAAAAUCAGCUGCAACUGCAACAUCAGCAACAGCAGCAGCAACAACAACAACAACACCAGCAACACUACCAUAAUCAUCAUCCAACAACAACAUUGCCGACUAUCAGUCAACAGCACAGCAAUGCAUUUCUGCUGCAAAACCAUCCACCACGCCAGCAACAACACAACACCCACGCGCAUACGCGCACAGGCGAGCUGCUGGAUGCGACCAGUACCUCCCUCGACAUGGGCAAGUCGUUCACGAUUGCCGCCAUUUUGGGCUUGCAGAAGAGCGCAAUGGAGAAUAGCCGCAAGGAUUACAACAACGCAAUCAAUUUAUCGCUAAAUAGUAGUGAUGAAGAUGGCGGCAAGGAUGCCAGCUUGGGGCGAUCAGCGCAUAGUAGUCAACAAGCGUUUAGUGAUGAGGAAGUGGAAAUUAGCGAUCAACAAUCACACAAUUUACGUAUGCCAGCUGCUGGCGGUGGGAGCGGCGGCGGCGACAGUGGCAUAAAGUCGCUGAAGUGCGUGCGAAAUGCCAAUAAUUUGUAUCAACAAAAUGGCAACCCCUUCGAUUGUAAUGGCAAUGCCAGCGCCGCUCUGAUACAUCGUUACUUACCAAUACCAGUGUCGUCUAAGCCAACGACGGCGGCUACAUCAUCGUUUGUUGCUGCAGCUGCCGCAGUAACGCAACAUCAUCAUCAACAACAGCAACAACAACAACAACAAAAUCUAUUGCUGUCCCAUGUGCGUUCUGUGGCCUCAGCAGCGGUGGCUGCGUCGGGAUCAUCGUCUGCGCUGCAGAGCUUGCAACAGUUGCAUCAACAUCAUGCGGCGCAGCAAAGCUCCUUGAAUUUGCAACGCGAGAAGCAUAAGUCGGGUGAGUGA